AUGAAGAGCUUCCUCUACCUCGCGUUGCUACGGAAAAGACUCUCAGACUUCGCUGACACCUCCAACGAGUACGCUGAUAUUUAUAAAAGUGGGUUCACACCACCAAGUCGAUUGCGACUGAGAACUAACGCAAAUUCGACGGAAAAUUUAUCUGUCGUUAUAAGGCGAUCGCCAAGUGCGCGACAUGCGUAUUCGAUACGGGAAACUCGUAUAAGAGGGAAAGGUCAAAGCAGGUAUUUCUGCAUGUCGUGGAGACAUGGUGAGAUAUUCACCAGCGGCAGCGCGUGUGGUCACAGGGACAUGCCGAAGGACAUGAGUUGGCAUAUCAACAAGCCGAUUUAUGCCGGUGACGACUAACAUGGAUCGGUCGUAUGUUGAAUUUCCUAGGCUUUCCAACCUGUAUUGACACCGCAUUCGUUGUCGUCGUUUCCCUUUGUUAGAC